AUGCUUUCAAGUAGAUUACUCAUUAAAAAAUAUAUUAUAAAUAGUAAUCUACCAAAAGUAUUCAUUAGAAAUAUGACUGAAAAUCAAAUUCCACCACAAGAUGGUGCUCCAAAACAAAAAUCUGCAAAAGAAUUGGAAAAAGAAAAGAAAAAAGCUGAAAAAUUGGCUAAAUUUAAUGCUAAAAAAGCUAAACAAGCUGUAAAUGCCAAUACUACUACAACAACAAAACCUAAAAAGGAAAAGAAAGCAGCUGAACCAGUUCCUGAAUUUAUUGAUCAAACUAAAGCAGGUGAAAAAAAAGUAUUAGUUAGUCUUGAAGAUCCUAGUUUUAAAGCAUAUGUACCUAAGAAUGUUGAAAGUUCAUGGUAUCAAUGGUGGGAACAACAAGGUUUCUUUGAACCUGAAUUAACUGAGGAUGGUAAAAUCAAAAAAGAAGGUUGUUUCUCAAUUCCAUGUCCACCUCCAAAUGUCACCGGGGCCUUACAUAUAGGACAUGCAUUAACUGUUUCAAUUCAAGAUACUUUAAUUAGAUGGAAUAGAAUGCAAGGUAAAACUACAUUAUUUAUACCAGGUUUUGAUCAUGCUGGUAUUGCAACGCAAUCAGUUGUCGAAAAACAAAUUUGGGCAAAAGAACAAAAAACAAGACAUGAUUUUGGUAGAGAAAAAUUUAUUGAGAAAGUUUGGGAUUGGAAAAAUGAUUAUCAUCAAAGAAUAAAGAAUCAAUUUAAAAAAAUGGGUGCUUCAUAUGAUUGGACCAGAGAAAAAUUUACUUUAAAUCCAGACUUAUCAAAAGCUGUUACCGAAGCUUUUGUAAAAAUGCAUGAAGAUGGUACUAUAUACAGAGCUUCAAGAUUAGUCAAUUGGUCUGUUAAAUUAAAUACUGCUAUUUCGAAUUUAGAAGUUGAUAAUAAAAAUAUUAAUGGACGAACUUUAUUGUCAGUUCCAAAUUAUAAAUCAAAAAUUGAAUUUGGUGUUUUAACUUCCUUUAGUUAUCAAGUUGAAGAUUCUGAUGAAAAAAUUACCGUCGCAACAACAAGACCUGAAACUAUAUUUGGUGAUACUGGUGUUGCUGUUCAUCCAAAAGAUCCAAGAUAUACUCAUUUACAUGGUAAAAAUGUUUUACAUCCAUUUUUAGAUAGAAAAUUACCAAUUGUUACUGAUGAAGAGGCUGUUGAUAUGGAAUUUGGUACUGGUGCUGUUAAAAUCACCCCUGCUCAUGAUCAAAAUGAUUAUAAUACAGGUAAAAGAAAUAAUUUAGAAUUUAUUAAUAUUUAUACUGAUGAUGGUCUUCUUAAUGAAAAUUGUGGUCCUGAAUGGGUUAAUACUCCUAGAUUUGACGCAAGAUAUAAAGUUAUUGAAGCAUUAAAAGAAAAAGGUUUAUUUGUUGAACAAAAAGAUAAUGAAAUGACAAUACCUACAUGUUCAAGAUCAGGAGAUAUAAUUGAACCAUUAUUAAAACCACAAUGGUAUGUUGAUCAAAAAGAAAUGGCUCAAGAUGCAAUUAAGGCAGUUAAAAAUGGUGAUAUUACCAUAUCUCCAAAAAUUUCAGAAUCAGAAUAUUUCCAUUGGUUAGAAAAUAUUCAAGAUUGGUGUAUCUCAAGACAAUUAUGGUGGGGUCAUAGAUGUCCAGUUUAUUUUAUAAAUAUCGAAAAUGAGCAACAUGAUAAAUUAGAUAAUGAAUAUUGGGUUGCUGGUAGAUCUGAAGAAGAAGCAUUGGAAAAAGCUCAUAAAAAAUUCCCAAAUAAAAAUUUUACACUCGAACAAGAUGAAGAUGUUUUAGAUACUUGGUUUUCAUCUGGUUUAUGGCCAAUUUCUACAUUAGGUUGGCCAGAACAAACAAGAGAUAUGGAAUUAUUUAACCCAAUGUCUUUGUUGGAAACUGGUUGGGAUAUUUUGUUUUUCUGGGUCACUAGAAUGAUUUUAAUGUCAUUGAAAUUAACUGGUAAAGUUCCUUUUAAAGAAGUAUUUUGUCAUUCAUUAGUUAGAGAUGCUCAAGGAAGAAAAAUGUCUAAAUCCUUAGGUAAUGUUAUUGAUCCAUUGGAUGUUAUUACUGGUAUUCCAUUACAAAAAUUACAUGAUAAAUUAUUAACUGGUAAUUUAGAUCCAAAAGAAUUGAAAAAAGCUACCGAAGGUCAAAAAUUAUCAUAUCCUAAUGGUAUUCCGGAGUGUGGUACUGAUGCUUUAAGGUUUGCAUUAUGUGCUUAUUCAACAGGUGGUAGAGAUAUUAAUUUAGAUAUCUUAAGAGUUGAAGGUUAUAGAAAAUUUUGUAAUAAAAUUUUCCAAGCUACAAAAUUCGUAUUAGGUAGAUUAGGUGAGGAAUAUAAACCACCAGCAACAGAAGAUUUAAGUGGUAAAGAAUCAUUAGUUGAAAAAUGGAUAAUACAUAAAUUAUCAAAUGCUGUUAAAUUAACAAAUGAAAAUUUAGAAUCUAGAAAUUUUGCUGAAGCAACAAAUGCUAUUUAUAACUUUUGGUAUGAAAUCUGUGAUGUAUAUAUUGAAAAUUCCAAAUCAUUGAUUCAAGAUGGUACACUUGAACAAAAACAAUCAGCACAAGAUACAUUAUACACUUGUAUUGAUAAUGCAUUAAGAUUAAUUCAUCCAUUUAUGCCAUUCAUAUCUGAAGAAAUGUGGCAAAGAUUACCAAGAAGAGAAGGUGAUGAAACAGUUACUAUAAUGAAGGCAAAAUAUCCUGAAUUUAAUCAAGAAUUUAAUAACAAAGAUGCUGAGAAGGCGUAUGACUUAGUUUUAGAUAUUACUAAAGGUGCUAGAUCAUUAUUAGCUCAAUACAAUAUUUUAAAAAAUGGUCAAGUAUUUGUCGAAUCAAAUGAUGAAACUAUACAUAAUACUGCUCAUGAUCAACAAGAUUCAAUUGUAUCAUUAAUUAAAGGUGUUGAAAAAAUUACUGUUGUUAAAGAUUCUUCUGAAAUUCCAAAUGGUUGUGCUUUAACAGCUAUAAAUCCAGCAUGUAAUGCUCAUGUUUUAGUUAAAGGUCAAGUUGAUCUUGACACUGAAAUUAAUAAAGUUAGUAAAAAAUUAGCAACUUCAAUGGAAUUCAAAAAUAAGACUGAAGAAGCUAUAAGUAAAUUUACUGAAAAGACCAAACCAGAAGCCAAAGAAUCAGCUGAAAGAAGAUUAGCAAAAGCUAAUGCUGAUAUCGAUGGUUUCAAACAAACUAUCGCAAUAUUAGAAAAAUUAAAAUUAUAA